UACGGGAAAAUAAUACUUGCAUUACGAAUACGAAUAUCAUCAAUGUGAAAGACUGUUUUUAAUCAUUUUAUUUAUAGGAAUUAAUAGUCUAAAUCGAAAAUGUUAUCAAUAAAGCGGUUACCUACGUUAUCGGCAUCAAAAAUACAGUCAAAAUUGCAUUUUGCUCUAAGAUGCGGAGUACAAGAGAAGCAGAUAAAUAAACACUGCCAUAUGAAUUUGCUGAAUUUAUGCAGAUCUUUUUCAGUAUUACACCAUAUAUCAAGCAAAUCAAAGAAUCCACAAUUGCACCGUUUCAACGCAGAAUACAAAGCUGCAUGUGACUUGCUCAAGAGGUCACACCUCCCUGGGUUGAAUUCAGUGUUUGACCUUACAAAUAGAACUUUGCACACAACACCACCAAAGUUUAAUCAACCAGAUGACAAAGACAAGGAUAAAAAAAAUAAAAAGAAGGAUGACAUAGACAACAACAUGCCAUCACUGAUGAUGAAAGCUGUAUUUUGGAUGAUGACCACUAUCAUCCUAGUGAUAGCUAGUUCCCUCCUCGUACCAGGGGACAACACACAGAACGAAUUAGUUCGCUACGUGUCAUGGAACGAGUUUGUAUACUCAAUGCUGGCUAAAGGAGAGGUGGAGGAGCUUAUAGUAAGGCCUGACAUGGAGGUGGUCACCAUUAUACUUCAUGAAGGCGCAGUCAUCAAGGGAAAACGAGCAACACACCGAGUUUAUCACAUGAAUGUGGGUGACAUCCACAGAUUCGAAGAGAAAUUAAGGGAAACUGAACAGAAUUUAGGAGUAAAAGAAGGUGUCCGCGUGAUAUACGAUAGAAAUGGCGGCGUGGCGGGCAAGAUAAUUAGUACACUGCUCAUUGCCGCCAUCAUUCUGUCCUUCUUGUACUCAAGCAAAUCCAUGCGAAUGAACAUCAACAUUGGAGGCAUUAGUCAACUCGGUCGAGCGAAGUUUACGCUAGUAGACUCUAUGACCGGGCAAGGUAAGGGGGUCAAGUUCGACGAUGUGGCCGGUCUUAAAGAGGCCAAGGUCGAGGUCAUGGAGUUUGUGGACUAUCUCAAGAGACCUGAGCAUUAUAAGAGCUUGGGUGCUAAGGUUCCAAAAGGCGCGCUUUUGUUGGGCCCGCCAGGGUGCGGGAAGACGCUACUGGCGAAGGCUGUUGCCACCGAAGCCAACGUACCUUUCUUGUCUAUGAACGGGUCGGAAUUCAUAGAAAUGAUCGGAGGAUUGGGUGCGGCCAGAGUCAGGGACCUAUUCAAAGAAGCAGUGUCACGCGCGCCAUGCAUCAUCUACAUAGACGAGAUGGACGCGGUGGGCCGGGCCCGGGCCACGGGACCUGCGUCGUUUGGGCCCGGCGGGGCCGAGGGCGAACAGACCCUCAAUCAGCUGCUGGUGGAGAUGGACGGUAUGAAGAGUCGCGAGGGGGUGGUCGUUCUGGCUUCGACUAACAGAGCUGAUGUUUUGGAUAAGGCCUUACUUCGCCCCGGUCGCUUCGACCGCCACAUACUGAUUGAUUUGCCGACGCUACAAGAAAGGGAGGAGAUUUUCGAACGUCACCUCAAGAAUAUCGUCCUUGAGGAUCUGCCCCACUAUUAUGUCAAAAGGUUGGCGUACCUAACGCCCGGGUUCAGCGGGGCGGACAUCGCGAACGUGUGCAACGAAGCAGCGUUACACGCGGCGAGACACAAGCAGAAUAUUGUGAAGGCGGCCGAUCUGGAGUACGCUGUUGAGAGGGUCGUGGGAGGCACAGAAAAGCGCAGUCACGCGAUGUCUCCUAUAGAAAAAAGGAUAGUGGCAUACCACGAGUCUGGUCACGCUUUGGUCGGCUGGAUGUUAGAACACACUGAGGCGUUGCUCAAAGUGACCAUUGUGCCCCGGACCAAUAAGGCGCUAGGGUUUGCGCAAUACACCACGUCUGACCAGAAACUGUACUCUAAGGAAGAGCUGUUCGACCGAAUGUGUAUGGCGCUGGGAGGGCGCGCGGCCGAAGCCAUCACGUUCAAUUCCAUCACCAGUGGUGCCCAGAACGACCUCGAGAAAGUCACCAAAAUUGCGUAUGCGCAGGUCCGAGUGUACGGCAUGUCGCCGGCUGUAGGGCUGCUGUCGUUCCCGGACCUCAAGGACCGCGGCAAGAGUCCCUUCAGUAAGGCACUGAAGAAUAUUAUCGACUUGGAAGCGAGGAAGCUUAUAGCCAGCGCCUACUACCGCACCGAGGACAUAUUGAGGAAGAAUGAACAUUUACUUGUGGCUCUAGCAGAGAAACUUUUAGUAAAAGAGACGUUGGACAAUCAAGAGAUCCAUGCCAUAUUGGGCCCGCCGCCGUUCCCAAGGAAGAAGUUCAUUGACCCCGUCGAGUUCGAGAGCAGCUUGAGGAAUAUGGAGAAUGCCGCGUCAGUAGAAGAUUCCUCUCCAGCCGGAGCUCCAUCGGCGAAGCCCGAUGCGCAACCGGGAGUUUAAUUAGUGUUGCCCAAGAAUCGAUAGUUGACCUUUAACAAUCGUCUCUAAUGCGCUUGUUUAGUUAUUUAUAGUUGACAAUCUUGACAUGUCUUCUUAUUAAAAUACUAGCUUUUUCCCGUGGCUUCGACCGCCUGUAUGUCCCACGGGAACAGUUAUUUUUCCGGGUCGAAAUGGUACCCUAUGCCCUUUUCCGAACUUAAAAUUAUACGUAUGUAAAUUUUCUAGAAGAUUGGUCGAGCAGAUGAAGCGUUAAGAGUUAACAAACUAACUUACAUACACUCACACACAUAUACGCACAGAUACACUUUGAAAAUCAUUAUUAGCACAUGAAAGUUAAUAAUGUAAUUUAUAAAAUAAUUUUCAGUGUGCAAAAUAUGUUUUGAUUUAUAUGGUGAUAUUUCAAUAAAAAGACAUAUAGGAUAUAUAGCAUUUUUAAAUACCUAAACAAAUCGGGUAUAGUAUCAAUAGCACUAUCGAUAGUAUUGAUAUUUUUGAUAGUAGCAAUAGUAUCGUAACGGUCGAUAUGACCGAGAUCGGCACUUCUACAGUAUUGCUGUGUAUCGAUACUGUUGCUUGUUGACCUAUCGACCUAUCUAUACUAUUAGAUUGUGAGUUUAGAAUGAGGAUUUUCAAAAAUAUCAUGGAGCAGAUGUCAGUACUUUCGCGUAACGCAGCGAUUUGUCAGUUACGUGACACAACCGAUCGGUACAUCAAUGCACGCCAGUGUCGAAGCCAAUGGCAACGGAGCACAACGUAGCUAUAAUGUGCUACGUCGUCGCAACGCAGCACGACUGAGCAAUGAGGCAUGGCUCUGACAGUCAUUUGGAUCUCACGUUCCAAUAGCGCCAUCUGGUGGGGAAAAAAUAAAACUUGUUGUUUAACUUUUCGUUUUCCCAUAGAAAUUUGUCCUUUAUAUUGCAGCCUUCAGGUCAAUUUUGUUACUAUCGCCCUAAAGAGGUUAUAAAAGCAUUUUCGGUGGACACAGGACUGGUAAAUGCAAUUGUGUGUCUGUCAUGUAUGAUAUUCUGCGUUUCGACAAAUGUACAUACAAUUUUCGCGUUCUAUAAGAACAUGAGACGCUUGUAAAUGUUGUAGAUCGUUUUUUUAAGAUUGUAAUUAGAUGCGUUGCAAUAAAGUUGAUGAUGUCGUUCUA